AGACUGGGGGUGGAAAGCCAUUUGUUCAGCACAAUGGGGACCGCACUGUGAGCUGGAGGUCUGUCAUUGCUUUGCCUGAUUUUAUUUAUAUGGUAUAGCAUGAAUCUGUUAAGAUACCAGGCUGUGCCCUAGUGAGCAGGUAGCUCUUCCUUUUUGAAACUUAUUGUGAAAGACCUAGUGUAUUCCUAAUUAUUAGGGUGGUGUUAUAGAUAUUCUUGAGGCUGAGGACUUUAUUUGUAUUGUAAAUACUUUCCUGCUACUGAAUACAUUUGUGGUACAUUCAGUAUUUACUGAAUCACUUUCCUGCUACGAAAACAAUUCUGCCCAAUUUAAUAAAAUGAUAUUUGUGUAUGUAUUAAGGAUAUGCAGUGACACAUCUCUUCUUUUUAUUAACCCCAUGGGCAGUUAGUCACUGAAUAUAUCCCCAUAUUUAUGAAGGAAAUGUUUAAGUGGAAGGACAGAGCAGAAUUCCCGAUUCCAGGCUGCUGAAAGUUUAGCUGGAAGGUCAUUUGAAACUAAGCAAUAUAAAUAUACUCGGGGAACAGUUCUGGGGAGACGCUGUGAAGACUUAGGUCCUGAACAAAGACAGGAAAUAAUUACAAAAAAAGUUGGGAAGCGGUUCAUGUUUUCCCCAGUCACAGCAGAGAGGAUUCAUCCAUGCCAUGGAUUUAUUUUAUUUUAUAUUUUUGCCUUCAAAUGAGACUUCAAAGUGUCAACACAGUGAGAAAGCCAUGUCAGCAACCUGAUACUUUGGUCCUGAUGUUGCAGUUGGACAGAUAAAGCCACCAAUCCUCUGAAUAGGCAAGAAGACUGGGAGUACAUCAUUGGCUUCUGCGAUCAGAUCAACAAAGAACUUGAAGGUCCACAGAUAGCCGUGAGAUUGCUGGCUCAUAAAAUCCAGUCACCACAGGAAUGGGAAGCAGUCCAGGCCUUGACUGUGCUGGAAGCUUGCAUGAAGAACUGUGGGCAAAGAUUUCACAACGAAGUAGGGAAGUUUCGUUUUUUAAAUGAGCUAAUUAAAGUUGUGUCUCCCAAGUACCUGGGAGACAGAGUGUCAGAGAAGGUCAAAAGCAAAAUAAUUGAGCUGCUGUACAGUUGGACGGUGGCUCUGCCAGACGAGUCCAAAAUCAAAGACGCCUACUACAUGUUGAAAAGACAAGGCAUUGUGCUGUCUGACCCUGUAAUUCCUGCAGAGAGUACCCUAAUCCCCUCCCCUCCAGCUCGUCCCAAAAACCCUGUGUUUGAUGAUGAAGAGAAAUCCAAGCUUUUAGCUAAACUGUUAAAAAGCAAAAAUCCAGAUGAUUUGCAAGAGGCAAACAAGCUUAUUAAAUCUAUGGUGAAAGAGGAUGAGGCACGCAUACAGAAAGUCACAAAGCGCAUGCACACGUUGGAGGAGGUGAACAACAAUGUGAAGCUGUUGAACGAGAUGCUGGUUCACUACAGCAAAGAAGACUCUUCGGAGGCUGACAAAGAGCUGAUGAAGGAGCUCUAUGACAGAUGUGAAACCAAGAGGCGGACGUUAUUCAAACUGGCCAGCGAGACAGAGGAUAAUGACAGCACUCUGGGCGACAUCCUGCAGGCUAGUGACAACUUAUCACGCAUAAUAAAUUCCUAUAAAAGAAUUAUUGAGGGGCAAGUCGUCAAUGGUGAAGUGGAUAUUCCUGGGCUGCCUCCAACAGAUGGAAGUGAUUCUUCCGUUAACAUCAGUACACUCAUUGACUUGGCGGGACUGGACAUUUCUAGUACGCCUCCGCCACCACCGAUUCCCCCAACGACGUUGACACCAGCACCGACAUUAACUCCAGCUCCAGCCUCGUCAGAAAUCCCCAUCCUACCACCUCCCCCUCAGACCAUCGGUCACUCCCGGAGUCGUUCGUCAAGCCAGGCAGAAGCCACUUCUGCUCUCUUGACGAGCUCAGCCAAUUCCAUCUCCUUGCUUGAUGAGGAACUGCUAUGCUUAGGCCUGAAUGACCCGGCUCCCACUGCAGCAAAAGAAGCUCCCGAGAGCAGCCAAUGGAACUUGUUCCAGAAUGAACCAGUCGAUCUGGACUUUUUGAACCCAAAACCAGCUUCUGUUGCCUGUAACUCACCUCUUCUCCCUGCCCUGUCGCAGCCUGCGGGUAGAACGUCAGCCUCUCUUGCCUCCACAUUCACAGCCCCGCAGCCUGCCCCUACCUCAGCCACUUUCAUAUUCUCUGCUGCGGCACCACUGGGACCGUCCAAUGCAAUGUCAGGUGCCCCUGGGUACCUGGGCUCUGCUAUGGGAAGUGGUGAUCUGCACAACAUGGAUCCCAUAGGACAUCUGGACGAAAGCAAAGGACCUUCAGCUCAAGCAAACCUAGGUGCCUCUGUGUUCCCUGGUGGAGUUGCAUUGCCCGCUGCUGCUGCUGCACCUCUUACAUCCGCUUCAGGGCUGCCCAUUGCAGCUCCAGGAGUCCCUCCACUUCCAUAUCCAGGCAGCUGCCCUGUCGGGUCAGGAAGCCCCCUCUUCCAGCCAGUCUCCUUCCAGCAGCAGGGAAGUCCUCUGAAAGGACCCGAGAUCUCCCUGGGCAACGUUCACGUCCCACUGGAGUCCAUUAAGCCAAGUAGCGCUCUUCCUGUGACGGCUUAUGACAAGAAUGGUUUGCGCAUCCUCCUGCAUUUUGCCAAGGAGUGCCCCCCCGGGCGGCCCGAUGUGUUGGUAGUGGUGGUUUCGAUGUUAAACACAGCGCCCCUUCCUAUCAAGAACAUUGUGCUACAAGCAGCAGUGCCAAAGUCCAUGAAAGUGAAGUUGCAGCCACCUUCGGGGACAGAGCUAGCUCCAUUCAAUCCCAUCCAGCCACCAGCUGCUAUCACCCAGGUCAUGUUGCUGGCAAAUCCGAGGAAGGAGAAGGUGAGGCUGAGGUACCGACUGACUUUCACGUUAGGAGACCAGCCCAGCACAGAAGUGGGGGAGGUGGAUCAGUUCCCUCCGGUUGAGCAGUGGGGAAACCUAUGACCCAGAGGCACCCCAAAGGGACUGGAACGAAUGUGAAAUGGAAAGGGCGCAAGUGGUAUCCGGCAGCGAUAUUGAGCUUUGUUUAACAUGUCCUGUCCACUCCACUUGUAGCUUUAGUCCAGAAUGUUUCCUGCACUCUGGGGUGAAGCAGUCGGGGGCA